AUGAGUAACGAACGUUACUCAAGCCUUGUUGGAACCCAUCUGUUGGACGUGUUGAAUGCAGAGACCGACAAACAUUUCCACAAACGGCGCUACCGCAUUGUGUUCUGUCUGAUGGCUCCCUGCAAAUCUCGAUUCCAGACGACGGUCGACGGGCGCUUCUAUCUCAAACCUGGGUCCGACACAGUGAUCACUGACUGA